AUGGGCGGCUUUUGUUUCGACACUUCCAAUGCGGAAAGCAACUUCUUGACUGGAAACCGAACUCGGGUAACUCUCACCAAAAUUGGUGUAUGUACGCUUGCGGAUCUAGCUCCAGAGCUUCUCCCCGACAUCUCUGAAGAACAGAUUCAAGACAAGAGCAAAGCAGAUGGGCUCGGCAAGGCAUUGGCGUGUUUUCAAGCAUUUUGGUUUUGCACCGAGUGCAUAUCUCGUUUGGCUACAGGUCUGUCAAUUACGCUGCUGGAACUUAACACUUUCGCUCACGCCCUUUGUGCGCUGCUUGCCUCCGGCUUCUGGUGGAGCAAACCGCAUGAUGUCAAUGAGCCCGUACUGAUCCAAGGGCCGGCAAUGUACGCAGCAUGUGCUGCGAUGUGCAUGCGAAGCCGUAUGGGCGCCGAGCAUCCGAGCGAGAUUUCCUUUCCCGGCGAUCGUCAUGUUGGGCGCAUAUGGGAGAAAAGCCUGGGUACCAUUGCUAGUCAAGAUUCUGGGCUCCUAGAAGCUUUAGCCCUUCCCAGAGUUGCUAAGUACACGAAGGAUCCCCCAAUAUACUCCGAAGUUUCUGUGGAGGGUUUGGGAGACACAACAAUCUUCCAGGGGCAUGGAAAAAGGCUCGGUUCGAAACUAAACCCAAGCUUAAGACUACACAUGGGGCAGAGCCUUUUCGGCUUCGGAUUCCGACGCAGGAUGCUCUACUCGGCACGGGACAAGAAACUUCAAGACAUCGGCAUCCUGCACAUCAAACGACCUUUCAUUGAUCUAACCUCAUCAGAUAUUCUGCUCUGGCGACUAGCAUCACAAGGUCUAAGAGACUACCCUCUUUUCCAUAAUCUACCACAGGGACAGUAUGUUGGCCAUGAAAAUACCCAAGUACACCGCAGUUUCCUGACCGAGUUCUGCAUAGAUAGGGCUUUGAACGUGCCUGGAGAGGAGAAAAACUUCUCUGGAGAUAAUUCCAGGUCCAUCUUGUAUACUUUCCUCGUUGCUGGUCUAUGUUAUGGCAUGCUACAUCUCUCGGCCUGGCACGCUCCUUUUCGAUCCCAUGCAGAAGCUGUCCUUUGGCGCAUAUCCGCCAUCACGCUUGCCGUUUCUGGUUUUGUUCCCUUUCUUUUUCUGGGAGCUAAUUAUCUGCCUGAUACUAAGACAUGGGAUGACCUCGCCAAAUUCAUCACACGGUUGGAAGAAAGCCACCUGGGUCUAUCUACUAGUUGA